CAUGACCACCUCUGAGACCCACUCACACGGUACUCCCAACUUCACUUCUUCGACCACCACCAUCGAGACCAGCUCCCACAGUACACCCAGCUACACUUCUUCGAUCAGAACCACCGAGACCACCUCACACAGUACUCCCAGAUUCACUUCCUCUAUCACCACCACCAAGACCCCCUCACAGAGUACUUCCAGCUUCACUUCCUCCAUGACCACCUUUGAGACCCAGUCACACGGUACUCCCAACUUCACUUCUUCGACCACCACCACCGAGACCACAUCCCACAAUACUCCCAGCUUCACUUCCUCAAUCACCACCACCAAGACCACCUCACACAGUUCUCCCAGCUUCACUUCUUCAAUCACCACCACAGAGACCACAUCCCACAGUACUCCCAGUUUCACUUCUUUAGUCACCACCACUGAGAUCCCCUCACAUAGUACUCCCAGCUUCACUUCUUUGAUCAUCACCACAGAGACCACCUCACCCAGUACUCCCAGCUUCACUUCUUCAAUCACCACAACCGAGAUCACCUCCCACAGCAAUCCCCGCUUCAAUUCUUCGAUCACCAUCACUGAGACCACAUCCCACAACACUCCAAACUUCACUUCUUUGAUCACCACUAUCGAGACCACAUCCGGCAGUACUCCCAGUUUCACUUCUUCAAUCACCACCACUGAGACCCCCUCACAUAGUACUCCCAGCUUCACUUCUUCGAUCACCACCACCGAGACCAUAUCCCACAUCACUCCAAGCUUCUCUUCUAAGAUCACCACGACUGAGACCACCUCCCAGAGCACUCCCAGCUUCACUUCUUCGAUCACCACCACCGAA